CUCACGCUUCCGUAGCGGCCGGAAGUGGAUAGUGGAUCUGUGCUCCUUCUAAGACUCAUCCCUAUUCUCGUUGUCAGGUCAUUUAUUGAGGAAACCAGGAGCAUUUCAUGUAGGUGGUGAUGGGUGACAUUCGUCAGUCGUUGCUUCCUCGUGAUGUACUGAGCGCAGCAAAGGAGCUGCUUUAUCACCUGGACAUCUACAUCUGUAACUUGGUCCAGUCUGGGAGGCAGCCUCCGCAGGUUGAUUCCAAAACCCUGGAUCUGGUGGAGGAGUUCAUUCUGCAUUCACCCAAGGAUAGAAACAUACCAGCCAGGAGGAUGAGUGCUCUCCAGGAGCUUCAGCUGCUAGAGAUCAUGUGUAGCUGUUUCCAGGAGCAGAGUCGCGACACAGUCCGUCAGCUCAUGUUCUCUGCCCUCUUCAAUCUCCAAGGCAAUCAGGCAGAUGAGAGCCGAAUGGUGCUAUUAGGCAAGUUGGUGUCCAUGGCAAUUGCAGUGGGCAGAAUUCCCAUUUUAGAAUGUGCUGCUACUUGGUUACAGAGAACACACUGUGUGUACUGUGUGCGCCUGGCACAGGUCCUUGUAGAUGAUUACUGUAGUAUGGUACCCGGAUCAGUUUCCACGCUGCACAACAUCCACAGUGCUAGCCCACGCUUCUGCUGCCAGUUCAUCACUGCUGUCACCACUCUCUAUGAUCUCACCUCAGAAGAGCUCACCCCUCCUCUAGAACUUCUUCAGAUGAUUGUGUCAUGGAUCCAGAGUGAUCCUCGACUAGUCUUGAUCGCCUUCCUGAAUACACCACUCUCAGGCAGCCAGCCUAUCAGUUCACUUGAUGUGACACCAUUAGGGGGCUUGGUCCGCUGGUGCGUCAAGGCACCACUGGUAUACAGGAAAGACAAGAAGCUGGCGGUAGCCAAUGACAGCAGUGAGAGUGAGCCAGAAACAGGGCCUCUCUUCUCUGCUCUCCACUUAAGUGUCUUACAGGUUUUCAUGUUGCUGCCAAACAUACUAAAUGAAAAAGGUCUAUUUGGUCGCCUCGCACUGCUUCAAAUAGAGUCCUUGGCUGCACUGACCUCUGACCUUUCCAGACUGUUGGACCAGGCAGACAAACACACACACACAUCUUCCUCAGACACACAUGCAGCGUCUCAGCUAGCGUUGGACCGACUGGCACAAGCAUUGCAGGUGGCCAUGGCCAGUGGAGCCCUGCUGUGCUCAAGAGAGGACCUAAGAUCAAUCUGUUCUCGCCUCCCCCACAACAAUUUGCUGCAGUUGGUGCUGUCCGGCCCAGUGAUGUACUACAACAACAUGCACACUCCUCCUCUGGCCUUCAGCCCCCACGCAGCUCAUUCCCCUAUUGCCUCACACCCCACACAUCCUGCACACACGCCUCUUGCCACGCACCCCUCCUCUCACCCCCAGUACCCAGCCCAGCCUUUUGUCGCGGGGAUGCAGUUUCCCUUCCGACCCAGCCACUGAAAAAAAGCAAUGCAGUUGUGGAGUGUGAAUGUGUGUGGAUACUGGUUGUUGGCACGAGUGAACCGAUGUAUGCAUGAGAGUUUCGUGUUAUGGGUUUAUUAAGCAUAUUUGCUCCUGAGACGGUCUGUAAAACUAACGUCUUUUUCCAAUAAAUAUUUUUUUACUUUU